AUGGCUGGAAUACUCAGUAUUCCUUCUAUAGUCAUAGAAAUGUGGCAGACGGAAAUCAGUAUGCGGGGGAUGGCUGACUCGAGCAAGCAGGGUCUAUCUCCAAGGCGGAACAUUGCUCUUGUGGAAGUCCUUGCCUAUUUCCUAUAUCUACUAGAGGAACUCGUCACGACCUCAAUAUCUCGCAAUCGCUUCCUUAACCAUACGACAGAUAUAGUGAAGCCCUUUAGCUCUAACUACGGUACUCGCUACUCUAUAGAUACAGUCGCCGACUUCAUCAUCAACUCCCUCACUGAUCCACAUCACCCGACAUACUGUACCGUCACCUACACCGGUGCUCUCGGUACAAUCAACAACGUCCCCACCAUCAAGAACCUUCGGAAUCUUCCAAACUAUCAGGACCGCCCUGAGGAUCGAUUCCGCUUCUCCGAGGUCGUUUUUCUCAUGACCUGUAUCAUCACGCUGGCCAUCAGUAAUCCUGGUCAGGCCGGGAAGAGCACUUACUAUCAUGACACCCCUAGACGCGUUCGCCGGGAGAAACGCACUGGUACCAAGCCCAUGUGGCCUACCACUCGCGAUACCCUCUAUUCUACGGUCGGACAGGACACGGCUGUCCAAAUGAUCUGGCAGUGGAUAUACAUGUACCAGUCGAUCCCGUCGUUCUUCUUAUUCACGCUCUUGUACAAUACAGCCGGCAGCACUCUGAACGGCUCCGUUUACUCUAUCCCUUCCUUUAACGCCCAAGCAAUGGAGAUAAUCGACAAGAAUGUCGAUUUGUUCAAGGCUGUUCCCUACUGGAAGUCGCCUGAGGCGCAAAAGUAUCUGGAUAUUCUCGAACGAGGGGUCGAUGCUGUGUACAUGACCACGUUGAUCAUGAUACGCCAGGGGGAUAUGAGUCGUGUGCAGAGUCAUUGGGGGAAAGAUUCACAUACUCUCCUUAAGGUGCUCUGCAAGGUGUUCGAUGCCACUUGGGGCAUUCCGCUGGUGCUUAACGAUUCCGUGUACAUGAACCUGAGCCGGAUCAAGCAGAUAACCGCCCAGCUACACCACACCUUCCAUCUUCCGUACGAUAAGGAGGUUUACCACUGGGUCGUCGUCGAUAAUUCGCGUAGGAUAAAAGAGCAGGAGGGCGGGAAGAGCGUGUUCCGACUUGCGUGCGACGCCGUUAUUCGGGUUUCUAACAGUGACCGGUGUCAGUCGCCUGGAUGCUCAGAGACGUUUACGAGUCUAGGGAGGAGGUUCCAGGGUUGCGGUGGGUGCAAGCGCGUGUCGUAUUGCUCUGAGGUAUGUCAGCGUCAUGCUUGGAAGCUCCCCGAGGCACCGCAUAGGAUGGUUUGCUCUGCCCUUGCGACGUUUGCAGACAAGCUUCAGCUUCCUGCAAGCAUUUCCUUGGCGACAAGCGCGAAAAUUGUCCGGGAUGAGGAGGUCGAUGCAAUAUGUUUGAAGGAGGGUGUGACAAAGGAUGAGGCGUAUAUGAUUCACGCCCAUUUCAUCUCGCUAGCGGAGCUACUCGUGUCCGCAAAGCAGAAUGGUGGCAGGACCUUAUAG